UCAGAAAAGGAAAGUCAUUUAUUAUUCCGACGAAAAGGAAAUCUCAUAAACAUUAAAGAAAGAAGAAAACAAAUCACCUGAAAAUACAAAAAAAGAAGAAAGGAAAUUUUGCUUGAUAAGUCUUGAAGUUUUUGAUCUUCCUUCAUAUUGAGAUCAUUCCACUAUCCCUCCUCUCUUCUUAUACAAUCUCUCUGUUUCGUCUUUCGGUGAAACUCAGAACCAAAAAUAAUAAAAAAAAAACUCACCUUUCUCUCUUCUUCUCUUCUGUGGGUUAAGGAAGGUUCAUUCCUCUAAAAAAAUUCGAUCUUUUUGUCGGGUCAACAAUGAGCAAUUGGAGAAGACAAAAGCCCAGAAACAACAACAGUAACAAUUAUAAUCAUCAUCAUCAACAACAACAACAACGAGGGACGACGAUGACUCAAUCACCAAAGCCGCCUCUUGCUAACUGCAAACAGUCUGUUCCUGCGUGGGAGAAGGACUUCUGUGCUAAGGUUGGUUCAGUUCCAUGGUCCAAAGUCCUAGAAGCGAAGCGGUUUAUGCAUCUGUACGAGAGAGUGGUCCAAUGGGACGAUUCAGCGGGAGAAGACGCGUUCAACAAGGCUAAAUCUCAUUACUGGGCUGAGAUAAACGGAGUCUCCUGUGACUUACCUUUGCCUGAUCCUGAUGUCUACAUUGACGAUGUUGAUUGGGACGCUCAAGUUGACAAUGAGCUGGUUCUUGACCUCGAGCGUGGUCCAGACCCGGGAAGAGGAGAGAGGGGAGAAGAGCAUGUGGUGAUUCUUGAUGCUUUGUUUUCGUCUGGACAGUAUAGUGGACAAGGCUGGGGAACAGGAUGGGGUGACGCUGAGGAGAAUGUUGGUAAACCGGAGAACACAUGGGAUGAUCAUCAGCGUUGUGAUGGGUGGAAUCAGGAUUCUUGGGGAUGGAAGGAGGAACCAGUAGCUUGGGAUCAUGAGGAGAAGAAGAUCAAUAGGUUCGGAACAGAGUCUUGGGACUAUAGGAACAGAAACAGCUUCAACAACAAGAAGGUUGGGAACUGGAACUGUAAUGAUCAUCGUCAUCAAGGAAGAGAGUGGAGAAAGAGAGGAGCGGCGCCACGUGAAGGAGAGCAGGUGGACGAUUGUCGAUGGAGAAAUGGGAGAGGGAGAAGCCGAGGUGGGUUUCAGCAACCUUCCAAUGGUUGCGGUUGGAUGGAGUCCUUCUGAAUCGAUCAGAGUGUCUCUCUUGAUAAAUAUUUUUGCAGAGGAAAGAAUCAAAAGUUUUCGGUUAUUAACUAAUAUAGUGAGCGUGUGGGAGUUUAGAAUCAUAGUGUGAUGUUUUGUGCUAAACGUUUCUUAAUGGUCUUUUGUCACUUUGAAUGAUGCAGAUUACAAAUAUAUAUAAAUAUAAUACUAAAAGUUUCUGGA